CUCUCUCUCACACACACACACACACACACACACACACACACACACACACACACACACACACACACACACAGAAAGAGAGAGAGAGAGACACAGAGAGAGAGAGCGAGAAAGAAAGAGCUGUGAAAGAUGGGGAACUCUCCAUCCGAGGCAUCGAUGGGGAGCCGUCUGAAGUGCAUCAAGUGCCAGAAGGUUCUGCCACCCUGCACGUCCUUCAGCCACCUCUACCAGGCCACUUUCUUCGACCGCCGCGUGCAUGUCUUCAACGGGGGAGAGUACUACCGGCCCAUCGGUGUGGACAUGGCGUACGAGUGUGAGGGCUGCUUCAAUGGAGUGGAGGUGGCCAGGAGACAAGAGGAGGCACAGGUUCAGGUACAACUGACUGUGCGUUCAGAGAGUGAGUCCGAAAGCGACGUGGAUGACCUCCUGCAGAUCCUAGCCAAAAGAUGCAGUGCUCCAAUCUCCAGUCUUUCCCUGGCCCAUCUGAGCUCUGAACAGCUAGUCAGUGUGUUUGCAGCCCUCGACACGCUGCUUUUCCAGGAUUGGCUCUCCAAAACGCCAUCUCUGCACACCUUGCAGCACACACAGGUCCUGCUGACCGAGCUGUGUGCCAUGUCAUUGGAUGGCGGCGAUGUCCACGCCUUCCUGGACAGCCUGUCCAACCAGGUGCAGUCUCUGCUGGAGACCAUCGUCCAAUCAGCAACCAGUACUUCGGAGAACCUCCUUCUCUGUCAGAGUCUGUACCUGAGCAUGAUGCUGCUUGCCUCACACACAAACACACACCAGUUCAUACACAUCACUCAUGGACCGUCUGAUGCCGUCCUCGUGGCCAGACGAUGGUCUGGACAGGAUUUCGCUGCAGAGAACCUCCUGGUGGUGGACCUCCUGAGCAGCCUGAUGACGUCGCUCCGUGCAGCCACCCUGAAGUGGCCAUCCGUGGCCAUCACCAAGAUGGAGCUUUGCUCUCUAGAGCUGCUUCUCCGCCACCUCACAGGGGACAAGAAGAGCCAUGCGCGGCCCACCAAGGCCCUCCGGAGGCUGGUCGGUGGCAGCCGUUGGACUCCCGAGGAGGCAAUGGCCCUUCUGAGGUGUCUGGUGGAUACCUACGCAGAUGACAACGAUGCCAUCGCAGAGGUGCUCACCCUAUUGCGGGUGCAAGAGGUUUCCCCUUCUUGGACUGAUGAGCUGGGACAAACGAUGGCAGAGUCUCUGGCCCGAUUGGGCUCCCAGCGCUUCCUGCCAGAGUUGCAAGAGACCCUGAACAAGAGAGAUGAAGGCAGACUGGAGUCCGCUUUGGCGGAGUGGAAAUCCUCCCCUUCAGCCCUAGAGAUGAGUGUGGAUAUGGACACGGUGAGGAGCAUCAGCAUGGCUGUGCUGCGGGCCUCCAAGAACAGCCCAGAAGAUGAAGUGCUGGUGAGAGAUGCCUGGGGGAUUGCUGGGGACCUGCAGCAGCGUCUGUUUAAGGUGAGCAGUGCGGUGCAUGCCACCAAGGGCUGGUGGCCUACAGCGACACAGAUGGUCAGAUGGUGCACACUGAUGCUCCAGAAGCAGGAGACAGGACUCCUGGAGACCAUUGUCAUGGAGGAGGACCCCUGUGUCAUCGCCAUGGUCGCAGCUGCACAUGCCUGCAUGGGACUCAAGCUGAACGUGGUAACAAGUGCUGACUCACACAAAGAGUGGUGUGAGUUCUAUGAGUACCUCGGAAUCAGCCUCAGCACCAACCGGAGUGAAACUACUUCACCACAGAGUAAGGCCUAUGAGGUGGAGAAUGACAAUAUGCCUCAGUGGGAGGAUGAUCUGGAUGACACUUAUGAUUUGGAGGACAUCUAUGAGGAGGAUAUUUAUGAGGGGGAGGACACCUAUGAGGCAGAAGAUACUUACGCACCACAGUGGGAGGACCAUGAAGAAGACGACACUUAUGAGGUAGAGGCCUAUGAGGCUGAGGACACCUACGAGGCACACGAAACCUACGAGUCAGACGACACCCAUGCACCCCAUUGGGAGGCCUAUGAUGCAGAUGACACUUACCAUCCAGAGGACAACUACAAUGAGGAUGACACGCAUGUGCCCCCAUGGGAUGGCUAUGAAGCUGAGGACACCUAUGAGGCAGAGGACGCCUACGAAGCAAAGGACACCUAUGCACCUCCGUGGGAGGCCUAUGAGGCACAUGAUAACUAUGAGGGAGACGAUGUCUAUGUGCCACAAUGGGAGGCCUAUGACGAAGAAGACACAUACCAUGAAAGAACAGAAGAGGACGCAUACGAGGUAGAGGACACCUAUGAGGCAGAGGAUACCUAUGAAACGAAAGAUACCUAUGUGUCCCAGGCAUAUGAGGCAGAUGUUGUUUACGGAAGGCUGGAGGACUUUGUGGCUGAUUAUUUCUUUCCGAGAGCAGAGGCGAAGGCGCGUUCACUUUGCCGAGCAUUCCUUGUGGAAGAGCGGGGUGUGAGUGGCAUGUCUUGCAGAGCAGAGUGCACAAAGCUGGCAAAGCUCGAGGGCAACGCCUCCCUGAUGUUUGCUGCAGAGUGUGUGCAGAGCCUCAUGGCUAAUUUUGAGACAGAUGUGGGUAAGCUGAAGCGCAAGUUCAUCAUGUCUCUCUGCCAGAUGCUGCUCAGCAAGCUAGAUGAAGUCAAAGCAAAAGACACUGACACACAGAUCGUAACCAUCCUGCAGAACCUCUCUGGUAAAAGGCUGCCUUCUACGGAAGUCAGCAUCCUGAACUUCUUUGAGAAACUGCUGAAAACAUACAAUGGGGAAACAGAAAGUGACAAUAGUGCCAGGACAUCUUUGGCAGGGAAAGCAUGUUUGGAGAUUUUGUUCAGCUGUGCAGUGAAAUUUCAGGCUUUAAAGAACAAAGUCAAAGAAGUUUUCCAGAGGGUUUUAAAUCUCGUCUCGGCAAAAUGCCUGUUACCAGUAGAAGCCUUAAGCCUCCUCUCCGCGUUGACCCACCGGCAUCGAGAUCUUGAUGCCAUCAUGAAGGUUUUGCAUCUGAUGGAGAUGUACCAAAUUUCCUCAGAAUGGACAGAUGGAUCCGGCCAGUCCCUCCUCGUCCUCUUGAACACGUUAAACACCAACAGUCUCAUGCCACAUUUGGAAAAGAGCUUCAAAAAUGAAAAGACAAAAAGCCUUGAUUGCCUUCUCAACGAAAUUCGCCUGACGAAAUAUGUGGAUGAGCACACACUGGAGAGAGUGUCCCACAUAGUACGUUCGGUCAGAGCCCUGAUUGACUCAGGUGAUAUUACCAAGCACACAGAUGUCCAGCAUGCACGCAGCCUGAGCAAAAGCAUGGACACAGGGGACCUCGGGGAGGUGCUAGCCAUCUUGUGCACUGCCAUCCACAAGAAUGUGGACCAGGGACACUGGUGGCCCAGGGACACACAGAUGAUCAGCUGGUGUCUGCUAGCACUGGCGGAGAAUGGUGAGUUGCUGGAGAUGGGCACAGGAGAGGGGAAGUCAUGCGUUAUUGCAAUGUUUGCAGCCCUACGCGGCCUCAGGGGUGAGAAAGUGGACAUAGUGUCCAGCUCCGCUGUGCUGUGCGAGAGAGACGCACAGCUGUUUCACAAUUUCUAUGAGCAACUCGGCCUCACAGUGGACACAAACACUAACAAGGAUGAGGAUGAAAAGCGCAAGUGUUAUCAGAGAGAUGUGGUCUACGGAACCAUAGCAGCCUUCGCAGCGGAUCACCUGCACAAGAGCUUUGAGAUGAAAGACUUGCGGUCGGACCGCAGCUACCAAUGUGUUAUUGUGGACGAGGUGGACUCUCUGAUGCUGGACGAGGGGGUGCAGCUGACCUACCUGUCCAGCCCCAUGGUAUCCAUGCAACACCUAAACACCCUCCUAUCCAUGAUCUGGAGCCACGUCUGCCAGUAUGGAUACCUGACCACGGAACAGCAGACCUUUGUGCAAGGUCCACCCGCUUCCUUCUUCAAAGCCAUAUUCGACUCCAUCGACACGGAGGGGACGGAAAUUGAGGAUGCCAUGGACGUUCUCGGUAUUGCUGAAUCCUGCGGCAUCGUGCCACCGGGAUUCACAGAGGACAUUUACAAAAGCAAGAAGAAUGAAAUCCUGUCCAGGGUGAAAACGGUGAGCCAGGACAAAGUGGUGGAGUUUUUCCAACUGAUGGAGAAGUACGUCCCGUACGACUUCAUACUCUACACUCUGGACGCAGACGGCCUGCUCUCUCUCAGAACCUCCAGCUCCUACAACGACCCUGACAUCUUGGAACUCUCCUUCCUGGUCCUGGAUGAUGGUCUGUGCUGCCCACUGUAUGAAUCUGCUGAGAGCCUGGUUGGCCCCAUCGCCCAGUUGAUCAGGGAGAAGAUUCAGUACACGCCAUGCGAGAACGAGUCAAGCAAGGUCAGCAUCCCUGCCUUCUUGAAGACUCUGGUGGAAGCCAAGGCAGCCGCUUGGGUGCGGAACGCCUUCCUGGCAGUCAGGUUGAGUCAGGGCCGAGAGUAUGUGGUGGAGGACGGAGCUGUGUGUCCUGUCGACUACAGGUCAACCGGCGUCGUUGAGAGCAACAAGCGUUGGGGCGAUGGCCUGCAGCAGUUCCUGGAGAUGAAACACCAGGUCAAACUCAGCACCAUCUCUACGGUGACCAACUACAUGUCCAACGUGGCCUUCUUCCAGAAGUACCAGGGCCAGAUCUACGGGACCACGGGCACGCUGGGCACCGAGUCAGACCUGACAUGGCUGCGUGACCUCUACCCAACCCUGUCCGCCUGCCGCAUGCCCGCUUUCAACCGCCGCAAGUUGUGUGAGGUGGACGGGCUCCUGAAGACAUCGGCCCAAGAGUGGAGGGCUGAGAUCAAGCGUGUGGUCGUGAGCGAGGUCUCUCCAAAUGACCACAGGGGCGGGAGAGCAGCAUUGGUCAUCUGCGAGUCAAUCAACUUGGCUAGGGAGGUCUACAAUAUGCUGAGAGGGGCCGUCCCUGGUGUGACUGUCCUGUACAGUCGCAGCGACAGGGACAGCCUGAGCGUCAUCGACCGGCAGCUGCAGCCCGGGGAUGUCAUCGUAGCCACCAACCUUGCCGGGCGUGGCACGGACAUAAAGGUGUCGGACGAGGUUAACAACAGCGGUGGACUCAUCGUGGUUCUCACUUUCCUCCCAUUGAACAACAGGGUGGAGCGUCAGGCAUUUGGGCGCACUGCCCGCAAAGGUACGCCUGGGUCGGCCCAGAUGGUGCUGAACAUGGCUCACCUGGGGGAGGACUAUGGCCAGGAGGCCACCCUGGAGGGGGUGAAGAGGACGAGGAGCAGACUGGCCCAACAGCGGCUGACCGUCAUGAGGAACGACGUAACGGAGAUGAGGCUGCGUGAGGAUCUGUUUGCAGAGUACUGUAAAACCCUGCAGGCUAUCUACAGGGACAUGGAUGGGGACCAGGAGGGUGCCACGGUGGCCAUAAUGAAUGAGUUCUGGGGCAUCUGGCUACAGGCAAAGUCUGGAGACAUCGAGGAGCUGAGGAGGAGUGAGCUUUUGAAGAGUCUGAAAGUGGACCUAGCCAAGGCCCAAGAGCAGUGUCUGGACCAGACCUCGCCCUGCGCCAGCAUCUACCACUACAUCGACUUCGCCAACUUGGCUAUGAGCAGGAAGGAGUGGGAUGUGAGCAUUAAGCUGUUCGAGAGGGCCAUGGAGAAGGACGCCAGCUGGGCAGCUGUGGCCUUCUACAGCCACGCCUACUGUGCCAUUAAGCAGCAAGAAAGUGGCUACCUGGCCCGGGCUCUGGACGACCUGAGGAGGGCCAAGGCCUCUCUAGGAUACCUGAGCGAGGAGUGCACCGUCUGCCUGCAGUUCGUUAAGCUGGCUGCCUCCUCCUCCUCCUCCUCGUCUUCUUCCUCCGAGAGUGGUAGCGAUGAGGGCCAAACUUGCCUGGAGAAGCAGUUUACCACCAGGUGCAGCAUGUUCAGCUGCUUUGAGAAGAACAUCUCGGACGCCAUGGCCAAGCUGGAGGAGAUCCAGAAGUCGGGACGCGAUGCGGUGGCCAAAAAGGAGCCCAUGUUCUCCCUGGUGGCCGACGCUGACGAGGCGCUACAGGAGGAGGCCUGCAACCUCUACAGCCGGGGGCUCAAGUACAUCUUCACCGUGGAGCAGGAGGCCCGUUUCCCCUGGGAGGCCGUGCUGGUCUUCAUGCUGGGAGUACUGCAGGUGGUGGGGGGAGCACUGCUCACUGCCUUCACUUUCGGCACACUGGCACAGGUGGGUGUGGGCAUGAUUGUGGAGGGCGUGUCAGACAUGAUCUCCGGCGUGGAGUCGCUGGUGACGGGCAAGUUCAGCUGGCAGGCGUGGGCCAUCGAGAAGGCCAUCUCCAUCGGAGUGUCCCUCAUCUCCUUCGGCGUGGGGAAGCUGGUCACCAAGGGCUUCAAGGCCGUCAAGAUGCUCAAGGGAGCCGUCAAGCAGCUGAUGGCUGUGCCCAAGCUGAAGGUGAAGGGUGGUCUGAGCGCCGUCAUGAAGACCAACCUGAAGAACGCUGUGAAGACCACUGCAAAGAAGCUGGCCGAAAACAUCACCAUGUAUGCCAUAGGAAAGGCAGAGAAGGAGAUUAUAAAACAAAUACUGGCAGGGAUCAAGGAGGAAGUCAAAGAGGGAAUCGUCAACAACACGAGAGCCGAGAUGGAGAAGGAGCCUGUCGCGUCUUCGGUGGAUGCUGUGAUUCUGUUGCACCUGGCCGACACACGGUCGAACUCUGAGCUUUCAGAGGACCUGCAGGACGACAGCAGGAAGACCAAAAUGCUGGAUGUCUUCAAGAGACUCACAAACAGGGCCCUGCUGCCCUUCUAUGAUGACCUCACUUGGCAAAACAAGCUCAACUCUAGCAUUUUGUCCGUGCUGGGCAGCUUGGAGGCCAAGGGUAAGGCCAAGGUCAUCCUGAAUACCAUCAAGGCCGUCCACAUGACCACCCUGGCGGCCGACGCAAUCGCUACCAUUCUUGGGCUCUUCGACAAGUUCUUCGCAAACUUUGCCAACGAGCUGGAUGAAUUUAAGCAAGAGAGGGUGGAACUGUUGCAUGGUGAUUUGAUAAAGGCCCAUCUUCAUGGCUCGAACGUGAACAAGCUAAGGGACCUGAAGAAGGAAGUGUCUGAUGCCAUGAGUGUACUACUGGCCGACGCGCUGGUCGAGGUGUUCCAUCAGAAGUUCUCGAGCCAUUUCAUCUCCCACGCCCAGGGCAAGGCCAACAAGUUCAUUAGGACUCAUGUGAGAGCGGGCCUGAGGAGUGGGAAGACAGAGGCGGCUCUCUUGGCCGGCCAGAAGAGAUGCGCUGAGAGCCUACAGAGAAAGGCAGCCAUGCUCUCCCACUCCCACGCGGACAAGGUUCUGGACUCCAACACCGAAGGUACCAUGGUGGACAUCAAGGUGCUUGCUGUGGUCACCACCACCCGGGUGAUGGUGCUCAUCGAAGCCAAGCAGGGUCGCCUGGCCAGACUUGGGAUGCUGAUGCCCAGCCCCAGCUCUGGUACCACCAGCCACACCAUCACCCUUAUCUACCGCCCAACCAGCGACCGCUACGAUGUGCGCAUCAACAACAAGGUCGUCCGCGUAGGUGGCAAUAGCACUCGUGGAGGCGGCGGUAGCGGUAGCGGUCACGGAAGCACCAGGAGCGGCUAAUGUGCCAGCUU